AUGGAUUUAUCAAAGCUCCUGGAACGAUACUUUGCUGCAAAGCCCAUGGACCUGGACCUGGUUGAGUUUGCAAUAAUGCUCAUACCAUCGUCCAGAGUUCUGUCACAGGCAGGUCCUAUGACCAGCUGUGUUCAGCCGAAGGUCCGAGUGACUCACAGCUGGAGGAUUAGCGAUGAGGGAAAAGGCAUAGAAAGUUAUUUCCUUGCCACCGUGGAGUAUGCCUUACACAUAUUCAAUGUGAAGAGCAAGGACACGAAUGCCUACAGGCUGGUGAGCAUCCUAGACUCCCAGAGGGAGAAGGUAGAGACCCUGAUGGCUUUCUCCAUGGAGCUGAAGCUUCGCAGAACCAGGUGUGGGAAAUUUGAUGAAGACAUUGACAACUGCCCCUUUGAAGAAAACCCAGAGCUGAACAACACCUUCAUCUGCUUCUUCACCAUCAGCAUCGAUCCCUGGAGAACAAUGUUUCAGCUCCUAAACAAGACCUGCCUGGAGGGGACCCACUGA